AUGAAGAGUAAUGAACAACUGGCUUUCAUAUUCGGUCUCAUAGGUAACAUCGUGUCAGUCAUGGUGUUCUUGGCGCCAAUUGCAAUGCUGUUAUUGUUUUAUGGUGUCCUCAAGACCAAUGCUGCCUUGAUCAUCAGCAUCAAUGUCAUCGGAUGCGUUAUAGAAAUUACUUACCUCAUAUUCUACUUUGUAUAUGCAUCCAAGAAGGACAAGAUACUGGUGUUGAACGUAGCGGCCUUUGGGUUGGUGGUGGCGAUCACAUUCCUUCUUGUAGGAGAAGACAAGCGCGUUAGCACCGUUGGAUGGAUAUGUGCUGUGUUUGGCGUUGCUGUCUUUGCUGCUCCUUUACUCAUCAUGGCAUCGCUCAGAUGA